UCUACGCUUCGUUGAUCCCCCCAAAACCUUUAUAAUUACCAAAUUGAUUUAUUUUGAAGCUCCAGUAUAUUUACCAUUAUUUAUUAGACCAUUUAAGAUGAAAACAGUUGAUAUAGUUUUAGAAAUGGGUGGAAAGGAUUUCAGAUACCAAAAACAAGAACAUUUCAUUCUAUUUUUUUUGUUUUGCAUAUUAAUUUUUUGGGUGCCUCGUAAGCUAAUCUUACGUUUCUCUGGAUCUACGAAGGGCAUUAUGAGAGUUUAUUAAUAUUAUUGUUAUUAAUAAACUUGACUGGAGGUUUUAAAAAUUGGAAUGGGCCAUUUGCUUCAAAUUACGAACUAACUUCGUUGUCCUUUAACGUUACAGAUACCUUUCUUUUAAUGAAAGUACAGCAAAAAGGGGAUUCAAAACAUGUCAUUUUAAUUAAACAAGAAUAAAAAAUCUAAAGCUAAAUCUAAAAUGUCUUUUUUGGGGGUGGGGGUGGUGGGAGGUAAUAAUGACCACUCCACAGACAGACUCGGACCAAUUGCGACGUACUGAUGGCGUCUGGCUCCAACAUGGCGGAACCUUUUUUAUUUAUUAUUAUUAUUAUUAUUGCUUUAUUUAAAUUUACAAAGCAUUAAGGCAUACAGAUUUCCAGAACAGGGGCACAAACAUAGGGCACUUGAACCAUAAAGUAACAGUCACGUGUGGGUUCAAAAUUAUGAUGAAUCCAAAUGACACACACAAAAAAUGAAUAAAGAAAGAUAAAAACAUAAAAAUAAUAAAACAUGGUAUCACAUCUGUAUCAUGAAAAAAUGUUAACGGAAUUGACUAUUUGGUUGGAGAUGGAUGUAAAACUUUUUGAUGAAAUGAAAUGAGAUCAAAUUGUGAUUAUAAAAUAUCACAAUUAUCUUAAAUAUUAUCACAGUCUAAGUGCAAUAUGACAAAAAUAAACCAAGUAUCUACUGUAAAACGUAUAUCUAAUGAGUCUGAAAACAUUAGCAGCUUAUCACAUGCAUGUUUUCUGACUGAGAUCCUGUGAUUUGAAGCAGGUUCCUGUCAUUGUGAGAACAGAGUGCCAUCGUUAAAGGUCUACAGCAGCCUUCUAAAGACCGUUUGAAGGCCUGAUGAGAUCUCUUCUGUUUCUCAUCAACAUCCUUACAUCUGCUAAAACAGUUAAAAAAAAAAGGGAUUUUUAGAGAGUGUGGUGAACUGAAGGAUUUUCAUAGGCUGCAUUGAUGUAGCUUUCUGUAAAUUAUUUCUCCUGCUUCUGGAGUUUAGGUGCAACUGCGCUCACAGCAGAGCAUCUGAGAUUGAUGCAGUUUGCUGCAGCAAUAUUAAAUGUCCCUCUUGAACUGCAGCAACACGUGGGGGCUGGCAUGGCGAGCGCUGUGUGCUGACAGCUGUUUGCCGGACAGACCCCAUCAGCCUGCUGUUGAAGAGUUCCUGCAUUGCAGUCAUUCCUGCUGGGGGUGGCUGAUAGCACCACCGAAAGGUAAGACAGAGGCUCUCUAGAGCUCCGCUCUUCCUGCAGAGCAGCCCACUGCACCAGCGGUACGGUGUGUUUACAGGAUGUUAUGCUGUUGUUAAGUAUUGAUUAAUCUGUGGAUUGCAUGUGCUGACAGCAUCUACAGACACACUGUCCAUGUCUGACCAGGUAGGUCAACACAGUUUGGCUUAUUUCAAAUCACGUUUUUGCGCUGGAAGUUUUGAAUCUUAACAUAUCAGGAAUAUUUGGGUUUCAAUCCUUGAGUACCAACUUUUCUCUGGACGAGUGUUUGAUGCAGACACCCCAGCAGCUCUUCCAGCUUCCCAUGACCCCAACGCUGUGCUUUCAGAUGGCGGGAGGGAUCUUCGGCGGCUUGGAGAAGCUGUGUGUGGUGGACUGUGCCAGCGUCCACCCCCUGGUGUGCCAUCUGUGCCGGGAGCAGUACAAAUCUCCAUGCUUGCUGGACUGUUACCACAUCUUCUGCGCCCGCUGCCUGCGAGGUCGGACCAAUGACAGCCGCCUCAGCUGCCCCCUCUGUGGGUACCAGUCAGUAGUGAAAGGAAACGGCCUCCCACCAGAAGACCGUCUGCUGAAGUUUCUGGUUGAUAAUAAUUCAGAUGCAGAGGAGAACGUGCAGUGUGCCAACUGUGACCGGGAGAGCAACACCAAGGAAGCUGGAGGGAUGUAUUACUGUAACACCUGCAGUCAGCCGCUCUGCGCUGCCUGCAGAGAGCCCACUCACAAGGCCAGGAUGUUUUCCCACCACGAGAUCGUCCUGCUGGCCAAACGCACCAAAGCCAAACACAGGAAAUGCUCUCUUCACGGCGAGCCCUACAUCCUUUUCUCUACUGAGAAAAACUCCAUGCUUUGCAUCAAAUGUUUCAGAGACAUGCAAGUGGAGAGUCGGACUCAUUGCAUAGACAUUGAAACGGCGUACGUGCAGGGCUGUGAGAUGUUGGACCAGGCUGUGCUGGUGGUGAAGGACCUGCAGAACUCCACUGGAGAAGCAAUCCACCUGCUGAGAGCAAUGAUUGGAGAAGUGGGUCUGAACAUGGAGGAGGAGGAAAGUGCAAUCUGUAGCCUUUACAACAGCUUGCAGGAAAAACUGGCAGAGAGGAAGAAGAUUCUACUGAAAGCAGCUCAGAGUCAACAUGAGGAGAAGGAGCGAGCAUUAAAGGAGCAGCUGUCACACCUUACCGCCCUCCUGCCAACCCUCCAGGUCCACCUGGUGACCUGCUCUGCCUUCCUCAGUUCAGCUAACAAGUAUGAGUUCUUGGACAUGGGCUAUCAACUCAUGGAGCGGCUGAAGAAGAUUGUGAAGCUUCCUCACCGCCUGCGACCAGUGCAGAGCAGCAAAAUCAACACAGAGUUCAGAAGUGAGUUUGCUCGCUGUCUGGAGCCUCUGCUGCAGAUCGGACCGCGCUGCCCCCCCUCUGUCACCGGCUCAUCCAGCAUAGUAACCAGGUAAGGCCAUAGCACGGGGGGACUCCAGUCUCCUCUGUCCGUGACCUGCCGCUCCCCAUCACUCAGUGAAAUGCCCCUCAGCUCCGCCUUUGGCCGAAGGCCAACGUCCCACCGCAACGUCUGCACCAAGGUGCUCCUGGCUGAAGGCAAGGAGACGCCGUUCACGGAACACUGCCGCAACUAUGAGAACACCUACAGGAGUCUGCAGACAGAGAUCCAGAGUCUGAAGGACCAGGUUCAGGAGCUGCACCGGGAUCUGACCAAACAUCAUUCCAUCAUCAACACAGAGAAAAUGGGAGAGAUUCUGGACAGAUCUCUGCACAUCGACAGUCAGAUCGGAGUCCAGUACUCCUCCGUGGAAACCAUGAGGUUCAUCUUUGAAGAGAUCUGGGACGAGACCUUUCAGAGGGUCAGUAACGAGCAGGAGAUCUACGAAGCUCAGCUUCAGGACCUGAUGCAGCUGAAGCAGGAGAACUCCUACCUGACCACCAUCGCCCGACAGAUCAGCCCCUACAUCCUGUCCAUAGCUAAAGUCAAGGAGAGACUGGAGCCCAGGUUUCAGGAGCCCAAAGAGCUGGAGCUUGAUGACCGAACAGAAACGAUGCUGAAAGUCUACGAGGACGGCACGACGCCGAAGGAGAAGCAAGGCAGUGACAGCAGCAUCUGUGUCCCAGAGAACAGCCGCCCUCUGAUGCUAGAUGGAGGCGGAGCCCCGUAAAGACCAGCCGUUCAGGACGGCAGGGGGUCCCGCCGACCCGUCCACCAACAAUGAGCGUCCUGCUUUGCUGGGAUUGGUCCGUGAGGAGGCGGCGGGCGGAUUCCUGAGCUGUCCUGGCUCAGAGCGAUACCUGGCUCCUCCUCAGAGGAGAGCUGUCAGGGCCGGCGCCGGGACUGACACUAACUGGAUAUAGGUGUGUGACAAAGACUCGCAGCUGUCAGAGGAUGAUGAUGAGGGAAAACAACCAGAUUCUGAGCCGUGCAGGCACCAGAAGACACAUGGACAGAGCAGGAUCUGCAAGAUUGCUUUGAUUUGUUUUUGAAAUGUUUGUGACUUUUAAAGUCUAAUUCUGAUUGAUAUUUUUAUUUAUUCUCAAAUCCAUCCCAGUGUUGGACAUAGUUUCUGCAGAGCGGCAGGAGUUCAUUAGAAACUCCCCCCUGAGUUUUGGGCGAGACUGUUCACCCAUCACCCACCGUUGAGAGCUUUCUAACCUAUAUCUAUAUAUAUAUAUGUAUAUACAUAUAGGAUAGAAAUAUAUAUAUAUAUAUAUAUAUAUAUAUACACACAUAUAUCUUCCAUC